AGGGGGAGAUUUUAAAACGCUAAAAGAUAGGACGACCAGGACGAACAGGAGGGGGCCCAAAAGGGACUUUCAAGGCAUUUUCUCCUGUAUUUUAGAUAAUGUCUCAUAUAUCUACUGUAUUUUUUGCUGCUUAAAGGGGGAGGGGGGCUAGGCCACCCCUCUGGCUACGCCGCUGGCAUUAGACAUUCUGGUACCAAAAUAAAAUUUAUGGUGCAGGUAGAAUUUUUUCUACAUACACUUUAGAGUCCAUGUAUCUAAUACGGCAUGGCUUCUAGCCCUUGCUCUUAUUUGGAAAUGAGUGCUUCCAGCUAGUGGAUCAAUAAAACUUCGGAUUACUCGAACUCUCCGUCACCCGCUAACUUGAGCUUGAUUUUCACUUGGCUUGCAGGCGUCCGUAACGGGUAUCGACGAGUUCGAGUUUUCUAUGAGUCAAUAGAUAGUCAACGAGACUCGUAGCGCCGAGUUAACUAUUUGACUCAUAGAAAACGAGAACGAGUAGUCUAAUUGUUAAAGUAUAAAUCCACUCACAUACUACCUUCGAAUAACUGACAAUUUUAGUAAUAAUUCAUGUUGUUUUUGUGAAAAACGCCGGUUUUUUCGUUCGCUACUCGCUAUCGCUCAAUAGAUCGUGAGUACGGGAGCCAAUCAAAUUGCUGGAUUCGUGUUAGUAUGUGAGUAGAUUUAUACUAAUAUAGUAUAUAUUAUACAGCCAUUGUCUAACCCUAUUAGCAUCUUCUGACCUUCGAUUGUCAAUAACCCAAAUAAUAUAAAGUUUCACGCGAGAUAUAUUCCCUAACAACCAAACCGACCAAAAACCACAAUAUGAAACAGAAUAGCGAAGAUCCAAACGAAAACGUUACCCUGCGAGCUGACGAAGAUGGAGCUCCAGACGAGUCGUUGAACGUAGAGCCGCGUGUUACACUGAAGCGCUCGUUAGGAGUACCCACAGGGGUAUCUCUACUUGUCGGGAUAAUCAUAGGCUCAGGGAUCUUCGCUACUCCGAAAUGGGUGAUGGUGUACUCGGGAUCUGUGGGGCUAAGCCUCGUCGUGUGGUGCCUUGGAGGGCUUAUAAGCCUCUUUGGAAGCCUGUGUUACAUUGAACUGGGGCUGAUGAUCCCGGUGUCUGGAGGAGAAUACGAGUAUUUGCUUGAAGCCUUUGGUCCACUACCUGCAUUUUUGUUCGCUUGGCUUUACUCCCUCUUUAUCAAGAACAUGGGGAUUGUGAUUUUGCUGUUGGUGUUUGGGGCGUAUGUCACCGAGCCUUUCUAUCCCGGCUGCAAUGAACGGGAGGAUCUGGAGCGCCUCAGGAAGCUGAUUGCCGCGGCUAGUUUAGGGGUAGUAGUCUUCCUCAACUGUGCUAGCGUUAAGUGGUCAAGCCGAAUCCAGGUUGGCUUCACUGUUGCUAAGAUGGUUGCCAUAGUGAUGCUCGUCUUUACUGGCGUUGUUAGGAUUGCAAUGGGUCACGUAUCAAGUUUUGCGGAUGUUUUUGAGGGGAGUGAAACGCGCGUCGGUCUGGUCGGGUUCGCGUUCUACAACGCACUCUUCUCUUACGAUGGGUGGAACAACGUUAACUAUUGUGUGGAGGAAUUGAAAAAUCCAAAAAGGAACCUUCCUCUGUGUAUCUGGAUCUCCAUCCCCGUGGUAACUCUGUCAUAUGUACUCGUCAAUGUCGGAUACCUGGCGGUUCUUAGUCCAGUUGAAAUACAAGAAUCCAACGCAGUCGCUGUUACGCUAGCUUAUCGUCUAUAUGGAGUUAUGGCCUGGACAAUGCCCUUCCUGGUAGCCUGCUCAGUUUUUGGUUCUGUCAACGGUUCCUGCUUUGCUCUCGGACGUCUGACAUACGCUGCGGCCCGAAAUGGUCAUCUUCCUCGAAUCAUGGCGAUGAUUCACAAAAAGAAAAGAACUCCUCUUCCUGCCAUCUUAUUCUCGGCCUUCAUUUGCGUUCUCAUGAUGAUUCCCGAUGUAUCGACGUUUUCGUCUCUUCUCAACUACUUUAGUUUCCUGACAUGGGUGAACUACGGUGCCACCAUCUCGGGCCUCCUGUGGAUGCGUUACAGAAAACCCGACGUGCACAGGCCUUAUAAGGUCUUCAUACUUAUCCCAUGCCUGAUACUGCUUCUCUCGCUGUAUCUUGUUAUUGCGCCAUUUUACGAGGCACCCAUAGCUUCAUCGUUUGCAACGCUGUUCGUUUUGGCUGGAAUUCCCGUGUACUUUGUAUUUGUGCGCUUCAAAUUACUCCCCAAGUGUGUCUUUGAAGCUUUUGAUCGAGCCACACUUCAACUUCAGAGUCUUCUAGACGUCUCUCUUCCAGAGUCAGGAAAAGAUCUUCUCUAGCCCCGAGUUUUCCGUUUGGCGAAUGAAACAAACACAACCGAAACUCAGCUGUUGCCAGAGGCGUACCCAGGGGGUGCGUAGGGAGCGAACUCCCUUGACCAUUUCUAAGCAUUUUAUGAUCGUCAAACACUAUCCAUUUUCCUCUUAGACUGUUAGCAAACAAUCUUGGGUAUGAGCGUGGUUGUGGUAUGGCGCACACAAGUUUUCCUAUAGACCUAGGUAUCAUUGUCAGUAGGCCUAGAGAACUCUAUCUCUUAUGGUAUAGAAACCGUAGAAAAGACGACAAGCCAAAUAGAAAAGUAACUUGUAAUCUCUGGCAAGCAUAGAGUACUGAUAUGAUACGGACUGAGGCACUUGCCUCGUCACGAUUCCGAAAAAAUAUAAUCAUAUAUUUUGUCUCUUUCAAGCAUGAAUAGACCUCCUCAGAACCUCC